AUGGCGACGACCACAGAAGGGGUGAGAGGAGUGAUCGCGAGCGGGAUCGCGAUUGCUUUCGCCCUUCUCGCGAUCGCUCUUCUCAUCGCCAUUACGAUUAUAGUGAACGCGAGUCUGGUUCAGAGAGCGAACAUUGGACACAGGUGUCCCAUCGCAAGCGUAAGAGUAAGUCAUAUUAAUUUAUUUUAAUUAACUACCUUCGCAUAUACCCCACUUAGAAUUCUCACCAUCAAUGUUCGUGGAUUUGGCACUACUUGUAAGCGCGAUCUCCUUCGUCAUGAGUUGAAUGAAAAUUUAGACUAUGAUUUUUUCCUCCUACAAAAGACAUAUUUCUUGUAAAACCCAAGCUGAUUUAAUUGAGAAAUGUUUUAAAGGUCAAUGUUUUUGGUCAUUCGGGAUCGGCAAAUCUGCCGGCGUAGCUUUUUUUGUUUCUCCUAAACUCUCAGGUAAGAUUAUUCGUUAUGUCCACGACACUGAUGGUAGAAUUCUAAGCCUUCUUGUUGAUUUUAAUUCCUUUAAAUUUAAUAUUGUUUGUCUAUACGCUCCAAACACCGUGACCUACCGUAAAUUAUUUUUUAAUCGUCUUCAUACUUUCUUUCUGUCGCCUGGCGAUUUAAUCUUAGGCGGCGAUUUCAAUUGUAUUGAUUCUGAACUCGAUCUCCUACAUAUUAAGUCGGACUUUAGUGCAGAUAAGCGCUGCUUGUCGGCCCUAAGUCCGAUUUCUGUCUUGUUGAUAUUUUUCGUAAGAGGAAUCCCAAAGCGAUCUCUUUUACCUGGUCUAAUAAAGAUUUUUCCCAAGCUUCUCGCCUCGAUCGCUUUUUUAUUUCUUCCCCUCUCCUUCAGUCAGUUCGCGGGAACAAAUGUUUUCCUUCCCCUCUCUCCGAUCACGACU